AUGAAAAAGAGCUAUCAAUUUAGAGCUCUAUUUUAUAAGAAUGCUUCAAUUCAAUCGCGAUAGAUAGGAACUAAUAUUUGCUAGAUUUUGACACCCUUAAUAUGCUUGGUGCUAGUCUAUAUCAUACAAGAAAUAAUUUUUGAUAAAUUUUCAGGAUGGACAUUUUAAUUAGAUUUCCCAUAUCUAUUGAAUAUUCCAUUUAUAUAUUCGCAAAUUCCAAUGUUCAGCAAUGUAUCGUGUCUCUAAUGGUAUUUUUACGAUGUUUCGUAAUUAAGUCACAGCGAAUAAAACUUUAUUGGUUGGAAUGAUGGUUAAAUUGGAAAAAAUAUGUCAUCUGGACUUUUGUAAAAUAUUCUUUAAAAGCCAGGAUGUAAAUCAAACAACUUAAGCGAAUUGAGAAAUAUCCCAUUUUUAGAAUAACCGGAUAUAUCUAUAAAUGAGGAUAUUUAUGAAAGGAUAUAAUAUCUCAAUACAUAGCCAUUUUAUAGGGGGAGAGAUCUUGAUGAUAUUUGGAUGAUACCGGAUGGAGCAUUUACAUUCCAUAAUGCUAAUGAAGAAUAUUUAAACGUCACAAUCUAAGUGAAUGAUCUGCGUAUUCCAGAAUAUCAUAGAGCAAAUGGAAUCACUAAGGUAUUUUUUAAAGUAGCAGAAAAUAAAACUAAUAAUUUGAUGUUAGUAGCAGAAGCAUAAGUGGGAUUGAUUGAUUUGAUUACAAGAGCGUACUUACAUUAAUUGAAUCCAAAAAUUUGGCUGAUUUCAGGAAUCUAAUAUAUGCCAUUAAUAGGAGAAGAUAGGAACUUGGUACAAAAAGCGAUUAAUUUAAUGGGGGCUCUAUUGUUCCCGCUCUCAUUGUCACUAUUAUUACCGGUGUUUCUUUAUGCAAUAGUGUUAGAUAAGGAGGAAAGAUUAUUAUAAAUGAUGAAAAUGAAUGGAAUGAGAAUGAUUGACUAUUGGAUAGUGCAAUAUCUCUUCAAUUCUAUCCUCACAUUUAUCACUUAUAUACUGUUUUAUUUUGUUGCCCUGUAUGGAAUAGAAAUAUAAGUGUUUAAAUAUACAGAUUCUAAUUUGAUUUUACUAAUAUUAAUCGGUUGGGGAUUAACAUAAAUUUCAUUAUCAUUCUUCUUUUAAGUAUUCUUGAAUAAAUCAAGAACAGCAACUAUCAUUGGAUACUUGAUCUCUGUUUGGGGCACUAUCAUGGCAUCGACUAUAAAUCUGGCCAUCUAUCCUGAUCCUUUGGAGUUGCCUUGGUAUCUCUAAAUAGUACCAUAGAUAGCAUUUGGUCGACUGUUCUAUAUCUUGUCAUUUGCUUGUGUAUCUUAGCAUGGAUGUUAUUCGUCAUUGGAAUUAAUAAGUCCAGAGAUACAAGGAUGUUUAUUCUCAUUAUAUUUUAAUACUGUUUUCUUUGCGAUUAUGGGGAUCUAUCUCCAUGAAAUCAUCCCUCAAGAGUUCGGAGUUGCAUCAGAGCCUUGGAUUUGCAAAUUCUUCAAAAAAACUGAUUACAUGGAGUUUUAUGAGGAGGAUCAAUUGGGAUUGAAUGUUAACUAAUUGGAAGAAGACACAGAUGUACUGGAAGAGAGAGAGAAAGUUUACAAGUUAAAGAAUCUUGAAGAUUAUCCAUUAGUUUGUAAGGACGUAAGGAAAAUGUAUUAGAAUACGGUUGCUGUUAAGAGUUUUAGUUUGUGUGUUGAGAAAGGAGAGAUAUUUGGUUUGUUGGGUCCAAAUGGAGCUGGGAAGACAUCCAUUAUAUCUACUAUUACAGGAUUAUAUGGGUGUUCUGAUGGUACAGCAUUCGUAGGAGGUUACUCAAUUAAAUAACAGAUGAAGGAGGUUUAGAUGAGAAUUGGAGUUUGCCCUUAAUUUGAUUUGCUCUGGCCAGAAUUAACAGUGGAAGAACACCUACUCUUUUAUGCAAGAUUGAAAGGAGUUCAUAGAGAUAUGGAGAGAGUUAGAGCAUAAUAGAGCAUGGCUGAAGUUAAAUUAGAACCUUAUUUUAAUUAUUAAACCUAAUAACUUUCAGGGGGAAUGAAACGAAGAUUGUCAAUAGCUAUUGCGUUAGUCGGAGAGCCUUUGAUCGUAUUUUUGGAUGAACCAUCAACAGGUUUGGAUCCUGAUAAUCGAAGAUAAUUGUGGGAGAUCAUUUAGCAAUGCAGAGAAAGAAGAGCCAUGGUGUUAACCACGCAUUCCAUGGAGGAAGCAGAUGUUUUAUGUAAUAGAAUAGGGAUUAUGAGUCAAGGAGUACUUAAGUGUCUCGGAACUCCUUAGAGAUUGAAGAAUAUCUAUGGUGGUGGAUAUCACUUAUCUCUUUAAAUUCAUAGAGAUAAAUACUUGUAGUCUAUCCAUAAUCAAUAACAGUCAUAAUUCUACAUUAAUAAGGUUAAAGAUUUCAUCAGAGAUAUUCUACCUUAAUCCAUAAUGAUAUCUGAAUUCAAUGGCAAUUUGAUUUAUUAAAUAUCAGAAAAGAGUUGUAAAGUAUCUGAUAUAUUUUGGCAAAUUGAAAAAGAAAAAGAAUAUUUAUAAAUAUCUGAUUGGGGAAUAAGCCAAACUAAUUUAGAAGAUGUGUUUAUGAAAAUAGUAGGUUAAUUUUGA